UCUAUCCACCCUGGCAGGAAUUUCUUGCUUGGAGCUCAGACAACAAAGGCAUAGAGAGAUUGGUUUUCUUUCUCUCAGCAUCUCCACCCAACCAGCAGAAAACCGGUCUCUGCGGUUCCACCAAAAUAUGGAACUUGAUUUUGGACAUUUUGAUGAAAGAGAUAAGACAUCCAGGAACAUGCGAGGCUCUCGGAUGAAUGGGCUGCCUAGCCCCACUCACAGCGCCCAUUGUAGUUUCUACCGAACCAGAACCUUGCAGGCUCUGAGUAAUGAGAAGAAAGCUAAGAAGGUACGUUUCUACCGCAAUGGGGACCGCUACUUCAAGGGAAUUGUGUAUGCCGUGUCCUCUGACCGUUUUCGCAGCUUCGAUGCCUUGCUGGCCGACCUCACUCGAUCUCUGUCUGACAACAUCAACCUGCCUCAGGGAGUGCGCUACAUUUACACCAUUGACGGAUCCAGGAAAAUCGGGAGCAUGGAUGAGCUGGAGGAAGGGGAAAGCUAUGUCUGUUCCUCAGAUAACUUCUUUAAAAAGGUGGAGUACACCAAGAAUGUCAAUCCAAACUGGUCUGUUAAUGUGAAGACAUCUGCCAAUAUGAAAGCCCCCCAGUCUCUGGCAAGCAGCAACAGUGCCCAGGCCAGGGAGAACAAGGACUUCGUACGCCCCAAGCUGGUAACCAUCAUCCGCAGUGGGGUAAAGCCUCGGAAGGCUGUGCGUGUUCUUCUGAAUAAGAAGACAGCCCAUUCCUUUGAGCAAGUCCUCACUGAUAUCACUGAAGCCAUCAAACUAGAGACCGGGGUUGUUAAAAAACUCUACACUCUGGAUGGAAAACAGGUAACCUGUCUCCAUGAUUUCUUUGGUGAUGAUGAUGUGUUUAUUGCCUGUGGUCCUGAAAAAUUUCGCUAUGCUCAGGAUGACUUUUCUCUGGAUGAAAAUGAAUGCCGAGUCAUGAAGGGGAACCCAUCAGCUGCAGCCGGCCCAAAGGCAUCCCCAACACCUCAGAAGAGUUCAGCUAAGAGCCCUGGCCCCAUGCGCCGGAGCAAGUCUCCAGCUGACUCAGGUAACGACCAAGACGCAAACGGAACCUCCAGCAGCCAGCUCUCUACCCCCAAGUCUAAGCAGUCUCCCAUCUCUACGCCCACAAGUCCUGGCAGCCUCCGGAAGCACAAGGACCUGUACCUGCCCCUGUCCUUGGAUGACUCAGAUUCACUUGGUGAUUCCAUGUGAAGGAGGAGUAUUCAGAGUCCAGAGUACAAAUCCAAGCUUACAGUUACAAUAGGGUACUUCUGCUCAACUGUCCAACAGGGCUAUUGGUGCUUUCAAGUUUUUUAAGUUUUGUUAUUGUUGUUCUUAAAGACACACUGCAAUAUGUUGGAUUUAUUUUCCUGUGAUUUCUCCUCUGGGCCACUGAUCCACAGUUACCAAUUAUAAGAGAUAGAUUGAUAAUCAUCAUUUGGGGUAAUUUUCUAGGGAUGCAAAAUAUGCUCAUUCUUGAAAUUUCUAUCGAAUACUUAGGCACCUGCACUAUUUCCUCUGUCUGACUCUGCUCCUGCCCAAGAAUCUUCCUUCAGUAGAACGUUGUUUAUACACAACCCUUAAAAUGUGUGUGGGGUAAGGAGGGGUGCUCCAUUCACAAAUUCUACAGUGACAAAUACAAGUGUCCCUUGUCUCCUGAUCCCAAGAAUGCUGAAGGAUCCUGGAUGAACAGCAAGUAAGCUCCCCAGUCUUGCUAUUCAUUCCUGACUGAAACCUUAGUUUGUUGUCUAGCACUGAUUCUGGUGUCAAGGGGGAGAAACACCAGCAACUUGUAAUUCUGACACCAGAUCCUUAGAAAUCCAGUUCAGGGCUAACUAAAGGAGAUCAGGCAGAAUUGGGAAAUACUGUAGACAUUUCAGUAGAGAUUAUAAAGCACAGUGAAUUCUUUGUCAACCUCUCCACUAGGGCAAUUGGGAAUUAAUAAGCAAUUAAUAAAAUUUAGGAGUGAGAGAGUUUAGAUUCCUAAGUGAGCCUGUCUAACAUAGCAAGUUAUUACACAAACUGUAUGGUAUCCAUCUAUCUCUGUUCUAUUGAAUGCCUUGUAAACAGCCAACACUGAAAAUACUGUGAGAAUUGUUUUCAGGUCUGACACCUUUCAGUCGCUUUUUAUAGCAAGAAACCAAUAUCCUUUUUAUAAAAACUUGUCGGUAUUUCAGGAGCAAACUCUUCAGGCUCCUUUUUUAUAAACUGGUGAUUUUUCUUUUGUCUAAAAAACACAUGCAGAAAAUUUACCAAAAAAAAAAAAGCAGAAGAAUGCGUAGUUUAGAAAUCAUGCUGUCACUGCCAAACAGAAACCUCCAGGAGAAAACAAAAUGAGUAGCAAAGGCCAAUUCAAUAGAAUCAGACUUUUGAUAACUUUUUAACAGUUAUACUUUAAUAAUUUCAAUGUGGACCAGACAUUCUAAUUAUAUUUUGAAUGAAAUGUUAUGACAUAUUUUAAGCAACUCUUUUUUAUCUAUAUUCCUGAUAUUUCAUACUAAUACAGAAACCUUUCACUUGUCUUUAACAGUAGAAAGGAUUUCCUUUUGCUAAGGACUUAUCAUUUGAAAUAGUUUUUAGUCUUUGAGGUACAGGUUUAUCAAACUGAUUUUUAUCUGCAAUCAUAGCCCAUAAUGGCAAAAACAACUAAAUUUAAGUGAAAGCCAUGCAUGCCAAUUUUAUGUUUCCUUUUAGCAGAUGUGAAGCUUUCCUUAUUUCUUUGUAAUUGUUCAGAUAUUUUGAAGGAUGCAGCAUUUGAAGCCAAGCAGUUCCUUGGCUAUUGAAUGACUUGCAGUUGUUCUCCCUCUUUAACUGGAAUGAGCUUGCUCUAUGUGUGUAUGUGUGUGUGUGUGUGCUCACAUGUAUGUGUGCAUGUGUGCGUGCAUGCAUCCACAGCUGCUUCAUAACUAAGAGAUGUUACAGAAUACCCUGACAUGGAUCAGUGGCAACUUGGUGAUUGCUAAUAAGUACUGUGUAGGAGGGAACUUGGUGGUGGAAGGGGUAACUGAGAUGCCCCUGGGAAAGGUACCCUUAGCUACAGGACACAUUUUUGGUUCAAGAAGUAUCCAGGUGUUGGUAGUACUGGUUCCUGUUGAAUUAUCUAUUUUCCCCUUCUCCUUUAUUUGUAAGCCUGGUAGAAACCAUUGAGAGGCCCGUUUGCUUACCCCAUACUUUUUUCCUUGAAGCUGAAUAGAUUUAGUGCCCAGAACAGUUUGUGUUACUUGGGGCCAUGGUGAUGGGGGCUUGAGAGUGGUAGAAAUCUGUUUCUAAACCUCAGGCUAUACCCACCUCAAUGAUGUACCCAUAGUCAUUUUCCAGGAUUAACACUACCUUUCUUUUAAAAUGAGAAAAUGGAGGUCCAGGCAGCUAAAUAACCUGCUGAUAAAGAGCAAGGCUAGAGGAAGAAUCCUGAUUUACUUAUGUCCAGAUACUAUACUACCUCUUUGAGCAUUUCCUUGCUUGUCACAUAUCUACCAUUAGAAAAUGCUGAAGGAAUAUGUUGUCUUUAGAAAUAAAUUUGAGUCAACACUCUUCUAUAAUAAUGUUAGAUUGUUCAUCUUUCUUUUAAUCAAUUUUAAGGAAAUGCUUCUAUUCUGCCACUUCAGGGGCCUUGAUGUAGUUCAAAAUUCAAGCCUUCAAUGAUUGCAUCUUAAACUGACUCAUUUUUGAGGCAAAAAAUUGUAACAGCACUUUCAUCUGUGUCAUUCAUUCCGAAUUUUACCCAGUACUGUUUUACCAGUAGAGAUCCAUUGUGUUACCUUUCUCACAGUCAGAAAAUAUGAAGUCGUUCAGCAAACAUAUGUUACCACUGCCCUACUUCUUCCCCUCUCUCUCUCUCUUACACACUCUCAAGUACAUGCACAUGCACACAUGCAUACACACAAACACACAAACACACAUAAUCUGACUGAUGCUUGUUCCUACCUCCUGAUUUUUCUCCAUUACAGAAAUAGAAAUAGGGAAAAAGAAGGGGGAAAUGUAUAUAUGGGGCUGGGCUGAACAAUUUCAUAAGUAGUAUUAACUGAUGUAAAUUGAGAGAAAAGCUCCUUUUCUCAUCACUGUUUUGGAAAGGAUAGCCAUUAGCAUGACUGCUUCAUGUCCUUAAAUACUUUAGUAUUAGCCUAGGUUGAACCACAGAGUUUUCUACCUGGAAGGACCCUUAAGAGCACAUCAUUUACUCCAAAUUUCUCAUUUUAAGGCCAGGAAUGAAGAUCCAGAGGUCAUUUUCUCAAUGUUGCACAGGUGGCCAGGGCAAGACUGGGAUUAGAACCCACAUCUCCUGGCUCUUAUUCCAGGGUCUUUUCCCACUUAGCAGUUUUGCCUUCCACUAGGCUCCUGAGAAUUCUUUCCCAGGGUCAUGUUGCAUCUUGGAGCCAUAUGGUGUUGCCCUGAUCUGAGCAAGAAAUCCCCUGGCAAUCUAAUACAGCUCUUCCUCCUUGUAUUCACAUGGUUUCCAUUCACAUGGACUGCAAAUGUACCCAAAGAGAAGGGGGCAUUGAAGACCACUAUAAUAAUGGAUUCUAAUUUAGGGGAUCAUCACUCCAACUUGAGAUGUCUCAGAACAGCAUCCCUGAGGUUCUGCCAUGCCCACAUGGAAUGGAGGCUGACUCUUUUCUUUAGGCAGUUCAUAGUAUCUCAUAUUGGUUGGUUUUUGAAAGCUGAGUGAAAUGGUUCUUGUUAUUGCAGCAAAAAUAAGAAGGAAGGAGGAGCAGAGCAAUAGCUUUGUUCAUCCUUAUUUCAUAAGAUGGUAUCUCAGUAUUUUUUAAAUGACUGUGGCUGCCAUUCCCUAUUAAAACUUUCUUUUAAAAUAUGGGAGUGAGCGGCUGGAGAAGUAAUACAGUGUGUAGGGCAAUUGUCUUAUAUGCAGCUGAUCAGGCUUCUACCUCCAGCACCCCAUAUGGUCCCCUGAGACCUGCCAGGCAUAAUUCUUGAGUGCAGAGCCAGGAGUAAGCCUUGAGCAUAAUCAGCUGUUGCCCCCAAACAAAAAAUUGAUAAACAAAAAUAAAAUAUCGGGGUGAGACUAGCUGGAAAAAAAUGGCCUACUCAUGCUGUAGUUGCCCUCAUUCACAAUGUCCCUAUAUCUCUCCUGCCAAGGUGAGGACAAUUUCCAGGUAUAGUAGAGGGUUUUUUAAAACUAAAGUGUACCCUGGAAACUGAUGUCACCAAGAUAGCACGUCAUGUGCUCUACACACCAUAUCCAUUUUCUGCUUAUUACUCCUGUUCCCUUCUGUGAUCGAAACCAGAGGGGGCCUACACACAUAGUUCUCUCACAGCAAAUCUCUUUCUGAAACCAUAGGUUAGUCAUAGUCAUCUACCAACCCACCCAAAGAAACUCACUCUUUCCUGUUUCUUUUCCCAAAUUAGGUGGUUCCCCAAGAAAAUUUAAAGUGGAUACAUAGUUACCUGCAAAAAGGCAAGGAGAAAUUAUUGAAAGCAACCUUAUAGUCUUUGAAUUUCUGGGUUGAAAGACCCAAAAUAUUCCUCAGAUUGGGUUCUAAGUAGCUUUUUAAAAAAGACACAAAUCUCUCUGGCACAAAGGAACAAACAUACCCAUGUUAAUAAAAUGAGCUCCAGAAUACUGAUAAGAAUGUUCUCCUAGUAUCAAUCCUUCUCAGAGACAUAUGUGCCAAGAGAUUUCUAAGACAGUUGCACUGGGGCAGUGGGAUUUGAAUGACCUUUUUCCCUUUCCAGUUUGCAAUGAGGAUAAAAGGCACUGGAAAUGUCUUUGUUCUUUUUGAAAAAGGCUAUUGGAACCUCUACUAAGCCACAUGGGCUCAGUUGGGUCCUCAAGGCCAGGCUUCAUUAAUAAUUACCCUCAUUUCAUGAAAGGAUUUUGACAGUCUUGGUCCAGAUUGGUUUCUUACGUAAGCCAUUAGAGUUUAGAAGCUCAUCUGGGAUGCACAAGGGUUAAUAUUCAGUUUAGGGUUCUGGAAUCUAUAUAGACCAAAGUCCCAGCCACUGAUAUCUCAACUGAUGUGAGACCUUUUGUGUAGCAAUGGAGUCUUGCAAUUGUUUGCCUUCCUACAUAUUUCUCUUGUUUUGGGUCUUUAAAGGUGUCAUACAUAAUUCUGCCUCUUCCGUCAGACUAGGAUAGCACCUGUAGCCUUACCCACUGUUCUAUGAUUCUCUAUGUUUUUUUCUCCCUCCCAGGUAUGAACACCUGGAAGAAAUAAGGACAUUGAAUUAUGGAUUGAAUUUUGCUUACUCCUUGGCUGGAGCGGCAUUUCCAACAGAUUGAGAGUUGGUGGUCAGACCCCAGUCUAGUUCUAUUAACAGCCAUUGGAUUAUGCCUAGUCAGCCUUAAAGGUGGUGAUCAUGGACCAAGGCUACAAAGGCCGUUUCUUUAAAAAAUGAAUUUCCAGUUUUAUUUUUCCUUUGGCUAAUAGACCCUGUUACUCUAGUGGGUAAAAGACUAUAGGUUCUUGUCACACAGUAGCCAAGAUUCAUGUGUGAAAGGAAAAUACAUUUCUAAAUCCACAGAGCAUUGAUUCCAGUGAAUGACCUACCAUGGGCUGGGAUUAUUAACAGCUUCUCUUAGUUUCUCCCACAUUUUCUUUUUAAGACUAGAAGCCUCCCUACAUUAGCCUGUUUUUAGCCAGGCCUGGGCAAAUAAUUUCCCCCUCCUAUCUCUUCAAGAUUAGGCGGCUUCCUCCUCUGUCUCCCCCUUCCUCACUCCCAGAAAUUGCCUCUAUCCCUAAAGAUCUAGUGUGUUUUUUACUUACCCAGACUCUCGAUGUUUCUUCUACUUAUUUGUUAAAGGUUUAUGCAGACUUCCCACUUUGGCUUCAUGUGGUAUUAGUUGUCAUAUGACAGGAUUCUUGCACUCCCUUCUCAACUGUUCUACACUUUAUCCUUUGGUUCACAUUAUCUGGAAUCAGAGGGAAUUUUAUCUUACUUUGGAUGCCUUGUGACUAGGGGAGUGUAGAAUUCCCAUUGAGAAUUAAGGCAUGUUUCUGCUUUUGAUUAGAAAGACAGGCUAGCUGGGAGAGUUCAUAUGGCAAAACAGACAUUAGGAUAAACACCUUGUAAACUAAGACUAACAUGUUAGAAGCCUUGAAACAUCUCAUUUCUGGAUCAUUAAUCUGAAGAAAUGAAUGACUUUCCCCCCACUCUCCACCUCCCCUGUGUAUCUCUUUGUUUUUUGUUCUCUAGCAUUUUUCAACUAGGGACCAUAUGGACCCUUGUGGGGCCCCAGAAAAUGCCAAGAGGGCACAGACAAAUAUCACAUAAAUGGCAUCCAUAGCACAAGACUAGGGAACCAACAAUUAGAACAGGGGUCACAGGAAGGAAACUAGGUCAGAAGGGGUAUAUGGUCAGAAAAAGUUUGGGAAACACUAUUCUUUCUAUUUGCUUUCCUUUUAUCUUGUUACCACUCUUUGCUUUUGAUAGUACAAACAUACAUCCUUUGUCUUGUACUAUCUCUGUCAUCUGCUUUUUAAUUUUUUCCAUCCUCUUUUCUAGGCAUAUGUCUUUUCUUAGCCCUGUGAUUUUUGCCUUGGAGAUGAGAAAAUGUUUCCAGAGUAUAUCAGUCCCAGUCCAGUUUGGAAUAUGUUGGUUGGAAUCAACCUUAUCCUGGCCCUUUCUUCCCCAUUUUCAACUGCGAUUCCCCAAAAAAAGCAGAUCCUCAUAAAUGGCUUCAUUACAGCUUGUGCAUCUUGGGUCUUCACUUUCCAAGUACCAGAUAGAGUACUUUGUGGUUCCUUUUUAGUCGGCCAUUUUGUGGAGCAGUGAAAUGUGCUCAGAGAAAUAAUCAGCUGAACAACAACAAAAAAACCCAUGGAUUCAUAAUAAUAUUAAUUUAUUUGUUUAAUUUGCUCAUAUUUUUAAAAGCUGCAAUAUAAUAUAAUAUGAGACCACAAGUAAUUUGUUCUAUCGUGUUUUUGUCUGAAUGGGGAUGUUGGAUGAUGGGGAGCAAUUUGUCUAUAAAUUUUUUACAUGCUCUCUAUAUAACCUUAGGCUUUAGGCUUACCAACUGUUGAAUUGUUUUAUCUAAACUGAUAGGCAAUCGGGGUUGAUUUGAAUUAAAGUGGUAUUUAAUCAAUCUGUAUGAUAAAAAUCGUUUACUAAAUUCAUCUAAUUACUUAUUAUUAACUCUUUCCAUUAUCCUAUGCAGACAAACAUAUACAAGUAAUUGGUGUACCUAAAAAACAAAGCUGAACUUGUAGGUGCUAAAUUAUUCAACAGGUUGCACAGCCCUUGGAGAUAUCUAUUUACAGUACCAUAUAGAAUGCCCUUUACAAUGACUUUUCUUACAAAUAUACUUAAAGGGAUUUGAGCAAGUAAGAGGUUAUACCAAAAUAUCUCCAAUGUAUGGUCCUGUAAUAUAUUGCAGCUUGAAGCCAAUGAUCCCUUAUGACUUGUACACAACGAAUGCAUGUUUUGAUAGAAUUUUGUAUUUCUCAUCUGUGAUAAUUACUUUAAAGCAUUUUGUCACCAUUUUUGUGCCAUUUAACUUGUACAGGAAACACUUUUAUGGCCAUUUUCAAAGGGAGAAAGUUUAAAAUGGAAACAGCCCACCCUUUCUGCCCUAUAGCUGUAGUUAGGACUCAGUAACUGUAGCAAAACAGCUGUAAUUGGUGGUUGUAGUGUUAGAGGCGUUAGCUUGCUAGUGACUAGCUUUGGAGAGUAAAUGCAUGGUAUUGUACAUCACAUUUUUAAAAUAACUCAUUUUAACCUCUGAAAAGAGUAUAUUCUUCCUUGUGGUCCCACUUUUCUCCCUUCCCUUCUCCCCAACUGCUCCAUGGUGUCUUGCAAUUGUAAAUAACUGAUUUGAGGGCCAAUAAUUUUUGCCAAGUAAAGUCAUCAAGGAAUAAACAAAGAAAAAGGAGAAAAUAUCAAUUCUCAACAGUCUCUCAGCAAUUAUUGACUAUUUCUCAAGGAAUGACAGUGUGAUCAAAGAAUCAAUCUUGGCAUAAAAAAUAGUGGCAAAAUUGGAAGUGUUUUCAGUCAUUUGAUUACAGUGCAAUUAAAUUGUUCUCAGAAUCAUAUAUAAUGAAAAAGAGUGUACAAUUAUGUUUUUAGCCCAGUUUUGAGAUGUUUGGAAGCCUCGGUAGGCUUUACUUGACCAAUGAACUACAAUUAUAAAAAACAAGAGAAAAAAGAGAUAUAUAAAAGAUAUUUAGGAGUUUUUAACUGCUUCUUUAGAAUAGCUAUAGCCAGGAAAGACAAAGCCAUGGGUUUGCCUAUACCGAUAUCAGUUUUCCAGGCAGUACUUAGCUAGCAUUUAAACUGUAAUUGAAAAACAGUGCUCUAAGAAGCAUUCUCCUUUUCAGUUUGCUGUUCCCACUUAGACUUGGAGGUUUGGUGAGGCCCAUGUAAACCAGCUGGAGCAGACCCUUUUCAUAGCCUGUGCCCGUUAAUAUCCCUCUUCCUCCCUCCACAAUUUGAUGAGGACUUUCUUUGGUCAGAGGACUUCAAAGUUUAAAGAAGCCCUCCAAACCCUGCCCAUGUGUGUAAUGUGUUGUGAACUGUGAAUGCUGUGGACUCACAGCGUUCAAUACUGGGCAGCCAGAGAGCUGCUCUUGCAAUCAUUUUGGCUCUCAAGCUCUGUUCUUCAUCUCAUUCUCAUUUCUGUGUACAUUUGCAAGAUGUGUGUAAUGUCAUUUUCCAAAAAUAAAAUUUGAUUUCAAUA